CCCCCCCCCCCCUUCCACCACAGUUAUCAACAAACAAGGCCUCUUUUUUGCCUUCCCGGUUCUCACCAGCCGUUGUCCUGAAAUACAUGCACCGGAUUCACUCGUGGGCGAAAGCUCACGCGUCUUCCCCCAACUCCAACCCCAAUGAGUUCCCGACUGGCGUCUCCGAUCAUCCUCCCGCCGAGGAUGAACCCCCGUCAGGUCAGCAUGGGGAAGUGAAGCAAGAGACCAAGGGUGACCCGGCUCCCCCGGGCCCCGAUGGACUGUCAACGGUGGGAAGCCCCCCCAAACCCGGACUGGUCACCCGCAUGAGAAAUGGCUCCGUCCGCUUCGUGGGUCAUACCAAGACCGCCCUCUUCCACAGCUGGAUCAAUGUCCUGCUCGUUUUUGUGCCCGCGGGCAUCGCCGUUGCAGCGGCUGGUCUGAACCCCGUCAUCAUUUUCGCUCUAAAUGCCGUGGCUAUCAUCCCGCUGGCUGGCUUGCUUAGCCAUGCCACCGAAUGUGUGGCCUGUCGCCUUGGAGACACCAUCGGUGCGCUCAUCAACGUGACCUUUGGUAAUGCCGUGGAAUUGAUUAUUUUUAUCAUUGCUCUAGUCAAGAAUGAAAUCCGUAUCGUUCAAGCGUCUCUCUUGGGCUCCAUCUUGGCCAACCUGCUGUUGAUUCUUGGCAUGGCCUUCCUUCUGGGUGGUCUCCGCUUCCGGGAACAGAUCUACAACAGCACCGUCACCCAGAUGAGCGCCUGUCUCCUCAGUCUCAGUGUCAUGAGUCUAUUAUUGCCCACGGCCUUCCACGCAUCCUGGACGGACAAGGUGAAAGCAGACAAAUUCACCCUCCAAGUCAGCCGUGGCACAAGCGUCGUCCUUCUUCUCGUGUACAUCUUGUAUAUUAUCUUCCAGCUCAAGUCGCAUGCCUAUCUCUACGCCAGCAUCCCCCAGCAGAUUAUCGACGAAGAGUCUCACCCCGGUGUGUUGGCCGAUUUGAUGAACUCCUCGUCGGAUUCGUCCAGCAGUUCGUCGGAUGAGUCGGAUGAUACCACCACCUCGUGGACGACGGCGAAACGGAUCAAGCGCGCCAUGAAGUAUCGUCGGCGCCGCAAGUCUAGCACCAGCUCGAAGGGAACCUCGUCGCACCAGUCCAUCCAAAAGCGUUUGACGUCCGACCUGCCCUCAGGGUCUGUCGGUGGCUCGAGCUCCAGCCAUCAGGACAUCCCCGGCGGCCCCUUGGCCGUCGACUUCGGCGAUGACGCUCGCUACGAGGCCGACACCGACGCGCCACGAUCCCACGAGCCGCAGACCCGAGAUUUCGGCCAUCUGCCCACCACCAAGGACUUGAAGGACGAGCACAAAGCGAAGCGUCGCGAGCAGAAGAAAAAGAAGCGUGCAGAGGACCGGGUCCCCGCCCCGGCGGCGGCCGACGCGCCGGUCGUUUCCCGGCCGUCGUUGAAAUCCCACCAGUCCAGCCCGGCACAUCCUUACGGCACGGCCACCACCGGCGAGGGCGCCGACCAGCCAAAGCCGUGGUCCUCCUUCCGCCCCAACUUCCCCUCGCUGUUAACCAACACGGUCUUCUCGAACCCCCAGGCCUCAAGCCCCGUUACUCCAGGCGAGAGCGGCAAUACCAGCGGGCUGCGCCGCACCCACUCCCUGCCCAAUCACAUGAACCGCCCCCCGCCGGUCGGCAACGCCGUCCAGUUCGCCCGCGGCGCCGCCCGCAUGCCGUCGACCGUCGAUCCAUCGGCGCCUGUCACUCCGGAGCACCCCGAAGCGGAAAUGUCGCGCACGGCAGCCAUCGUGAUGCUGCUGAUUUCCACCGCCCUGGUGGCCGUGUGUGCCGAAUUCCUGGUAGACGCCAUUCCCGCCAUGAUCGAAAGCUCCAAUGUCAGCGAGGCUUUUAUCGGGUUGAUUAUCCUGCCCAUCGUGGGUAACGCCGCGGAACACGUGACCGCCGUCACCGUCGCCACCAAGAACAAGAUGGACUUGUCCAUUGGUGUGUCUGUCGGCAGUAGUAUCCAGAUUGCUAUCUUCGUCACUCCCCUGGUCGUUAUCCUUGGAUGGUGCAUGGACAAGGAAAUGACGCUGUACUUCACCCUGUUCGAGACGGUGUGUUUGUUCGUCACGGCAUUCGUGGUCAACUUCCUGGUGCUGGACGGCCGCAGUAACUACCUCGAGGGAGCGCUGCUGGUUGCCAGUUAUGUGAUUAUUGCACUGGCUUCCUUCUUCUAUCCCGAUAGCAGCGAGACGAGCACGGCGAUUUAGUUGCUGAUUGCAGUCUCGGCUGUAUCAAUCCACUUCGACGUUAUUGUCGUGUAGGAGAUUGCGUUGUGCGAGGAGUAACGGAACGUGUGGAUGUGGUGUGUGGUGGGUGUGGUUAUGUGGAUGACAGAUAGUAGAAAGCCAACCUCUAAUACAUCUAUCCUUGGCUUUUUGGAAUAAUACGGAUCACUUUUGUUAUGAUAAUGAUAAUUACUAUCAUAGUAUCCCC